GCGCGCGCCCUGACAGCUCGGCCCUGCUCGCUCACUCGCUCGUCCCCGGCUUCCGAGCACAGCAUGGCGGUCAAGGUGCAGACAACCAAGCGAGGUGAUCCUCAUGAGUUAAGAAAUAUAUUCCUACAGUAUGCCAGUACUGAGGUUGAUGGAGAACAUUACAUGACCCCAGAAGACUUUGUCCAACGCUAUCUUGGGCUGUAUAAUGAUCCAAAUAGCAAUCCAAAGAUUGUGCAGCUCUUGGCAGGUGUAGCUGAUCAAACCAAGGAUGGAUUGAUCUCCUAUCAAGAAUUUUUGGCAUUUGAAUCUGUUUUAUGUGCUCCAGAUUCCAUGUUCAUAGUGGCUUUCCAAUUAUUUGACAAGAGUGGAAAUGGAGAGGUGACGUUUGGAGGAGUUCUCUGGCCACACCGUUGGUACAGCAGCUCCUUCCAGGCUCAUUCAUGGAACAGGCAUGGUGGCAGUCUUGGAGAAGAGUGCCAGCCCCGGUCAGAGAAAAUGUCAAAGAAAUUUUUGGACAGACAAUUAUUCAUCAUCAUAUUCCUUUUAACUGGGACUGUGAAUUUAUCCGGCUACAUUUUGGGCAUAAUCGAAAGAAGCAUCUUAACUACACAGAAUUCACACAGUUUCUUCAGGAACUGCAGUUGGAACAUGCGAGACAAGCCUUUGCACUGAAAGACAAAAACAAAAGUGGCAUGAUUUCUGGUCUGGAUUUCAGUGACAUCAUGGUUACCAUUCGGUCUCACAUGCUUACUCCUUUCGUGGAGGAGAACUUAGUUUCAGCAGCUGGAGGAAGUAUUUCACACCAGGUUAGCUUCUCCUACUUCAAUGCAUUUAACUCCUUACUGAAUAACAUGGAGCUUGUUCGUAAGAUAUAUAGCACUCUAGCUGGCACAAGGAAAGAUGUUGAAGUCACAAAGGAGGAAUUUGCCCAGAGUGCCAUACGCUAUGGACAAGUCACCCCAUUAGAGAUUGAUAUCCUGUAUCAGCUUGCAGACUUAUAUAAUGCUACAGGGCGCUUGACUCUGGCAGAUAUUGAGAGAAUAGCCCCAUUGGCUGAGGGGGCCUUACCUUACAACCUGGCGGAACUUCAGAGACAGCAAUCUCACGGUUUAGGCAGGCCUGUCUGGCUCCAGAUUGCUGAGUCUGCUUACAGAUUCACUCUGGGCUCAGUUGCUGGAGCUGUGGGAGCCACUGCAGUGUAUCCUAUAGAUCUGGUGAAGACCCGCAUGCAAAACCAGCGUGGCUCCGGCUCUGUUGUGGGAGAGCUGAUGUACAAAAACAGUUUUGACUGUUUUAAGAAAGUCCUGCGUUAUGAGGGCUUCUUUGGACUCUACCGGGGUCUGAUACCACAACUCAUAGGGGUUGCUCCAGAAAAGGCCAUUAAACUGACUGUUAAUGAUUUUGUCCGGGACAAAUUUACCAGAAGAGAUGGCUCCAUUCCACUUUUAGCAGAAGUCCUUGCUGGAGGUUGUGCUGGUGGCUCUCAGGUCAUCUUUACUAACCCUCUGGAGAUAGUAAAGAUUCGCCUGCAGGUAGCUGGAGAGAUCACCACAGGACCCAGGGUCAGUGCCCUGAAUGUGCUCCGGGAUCUGGGACUUUUUGGUCUGUAUAAGGGUGCCAAAGCGUGUUUCCUCCGAGACAUUCCCUUCUCUGCCAUCUAUUUUCCUGUUUAUGCUCAUUGCAAACUACUUCUGGCUGAUGAAAAUGGACACGUGGGAGGUUUAAAUCUCCUUGCAGCUGGAGCCAUGGCAGGUGUACCUGCUGCCUCUCUGGUGACCCCUGCUGAUGUCAUCAAGACAAGACUGCAAGUGGCCGCCCGCGCUGGCCAGACCACAUACAGUGGUGUCAUCGACUGUUUCAGGAAGAUACUCCGGGAAGAAGGGCCCUCAGCGUUUUGGAAGGGGACUGCAGCUCGAGUGUUUCGAUCCUCUCCUCAGUUUGGUGUUACUUUGGUAACCUAUGAACUUCUCCAGCGGUGGUUUUACAUUGAUUUUGGAGGCCUCAAACCCUCCGGCUCCGAACCCACACCCAAGUCACGCAUCGCAGACCUUCCUCCUGCCAAUCCCGAUCACAUUGGUGGAUACAGACUCGCCACAGCCACUUUUGCUGGCAUUGAAAACAAGUUUGGCCUUUAUCUCCCCAAGUUUAAAUCUCCCACUGCUGCCGUGGUUCAGCCAAAGGUGGUGGCGGCAGCUCAGUGAUGAGAGACCCGCCCGAGUGUGGCAGAGUGGCGCCCUCAAGAGAGAGGACUAGGAGAGCAGCCCCAUAAUGUAUCCAGUCAGCUGCAUGGUGCUGACGGAGCUGAGGAAUUAAACUAUUCUUUCUAUAUGGCAUAUACAUAUAUUUGUUUAUAAACUAAUCAUUUGCCCAGGAAAAAAAAAAUACAAUGCUGUUUGAAGCUUUAGUUUUAUGUGUUGAGAUGUUUUCUAAGCCUUGGCAUGAAUUAGUGUUCUAGACUGCUUCGCACAGCUUGCACUUAGAGUGACUGUACAUAUUGUACAUCUUUGUACAGAGACAUCUUGGCACCUCAUCCUAACAAAUCACAUUUAUAGAAUGUAACGCGGUUCUGAGUGGCUUGAAAUGUACAGAAUGUUUCAAAAGUGUUUUAUUAAGACUCACACGAAAACAAAUGUAUUAAAAUUAAAUUCAUUCUCUUAUUGCUGACUUAUGGCAAUAAAGCAUCAAUAUUGGAUGUAUUUAAUUCCUAGCUUGUUUUCCAUUCUGGAAUAAAAAGGUAUUUGCUGAUAAGAGGCAUAACGAGACCAAGUGCUGAUACCAUUGAAUAAGAGAUCCUUUGGAAAAGAUGCAUGCCAGUGGAUGCCUGAGGGCCAGGUUCAUGACGUGUGUGCUGAUGUGUUUCCAUUUGUAUUUCAUAUGUGUAUAGCUUCUCCCCUGUCCAUCAAUCAAAAGGCAUUUUCUAGACAGCUCCUCUCCUGUCAGCGUGCAUAUGGAAACAGGGACGUCUCCAGCAUUACUGGCUUAGUUUUGCCUUCCUCUGGCACAGCAAGGCAAGGGCCCAGCUUUCAAAGGAGUAAAGAAUACAUUGGCAGGUUUCACUCAUAUGGGGAUGAUUCCAAUCAAAAAUAAAAUGCACACCAAAAUGUA